GCCCGUGCCGAGGCCGAGAGCUGCCUCCGCCGAGCCGAGGCCGCCGAGGCACAGGCCGGAUCCGUGCAGGCCACGGUUACGAACCUGUCCUCGCAGCUCACGCAGCUCGAGGCUCGUUUCAUGGAGGAGCAACUCAUACGCAAGAAGUACCACAACCAAAUCCAGGACAUGAAAGGCAACAUCCGUGUUUUCUGCCGCUUCCGGCCUCUGGGCAAGAGGGAGCAAGAGAACGGCGACAUCCCGGUCCUACACAAGGCAGAUGCCUUUUCUGUGGACUUGCAGCGUCCGGCUCCCCACAGCGAUUCUCGACGCUUUGAAUUUGAUGCUGUCUUCAGCAGUGACUCUUCGCAGGAAGAGGUCUUCGGAGACUGUCAGGAUUUGGUCCAGAGUGCUGUGGACGGCUACAAUGUGACGAUCUUCGCCUAUGGCCAAACUGGAGCCGGCAAGACGCACACCAUGUACGGGACCAGCGAGAAUCCGGGUCUAGCACCCCGUGCGAUCGAGUCCCUCUUCCGUGUGAUCCGACGAGAAGAGGGGCAAGGCCGAAAGAGCUUUUCUGUGAAGGCAUACAUGAUCGAGCUCUACAAACAAGACAUCAUCGAUCUGCUCGUGGAGGCUCGGCCAAAGGAUCAAAAGUCCUUGCAGGUGAAGAAGGACGCAGGCCGGGGCAUCAUGUUCGUGGAGGGCGUCAGCGAGCGUCCCAUCACGAGCCCGGAGCAGCUCAAGGCGGUUCUGGCCGAAGGAGAGCGCCGGCGGCAUACUGCCGCAACGGCGAUGAAUUCCAGCAGCAGCCGAUCCCACCUGUUGCUUAGCAUCAUCGUCGAGGCUACCGUGAAAGAUACCGAGCAGGUCAUCUACGGUAAAAUCACUUUGUGCGACUUGGCUGGCUCGGAACGUCCGAAGAAAAGCGAAGUCAGUGGGGAGGCUCUGAAAGAGGCCAUCGAGAUCAACAAGAGCUUGACGGCUCUCGGCGAUGUUAUCGAGGCUUUGUCCAAGGGAAGCAAGACCAUUCCGUACCGGAACCACAAACUGACGAUGCUCAUGCAGGACUCUAGCUCAGCUCGGCAAUCACGGGGUUUUCAAUCCAGGAAUCAGCAUUGUUUGCAGGCUUCAGCGUAA